AUGGUCAAAAAGGGUAGUUCAAAAAAAUCCACACCUGUGGGCACACCAAGCAAAGAAAAGAAGAAAGUUGUUGAAAAGAAGAAAGUUGUUGAAAAGAAGAAGGUUGCUGAAAAGAGGAAAGUUGCUGAAAACAAGUCUUCUGCAGUUAUUCCUAGAGAACGAGUCACUAAAGCUGUUGGUGAGCUCAUAAAAUUUACCUCGAAGCCAGAAGGUAAUGUCAACGAAGAAGAAGAAAAAAAUGGUAAGAAAAUGUUAUUGGAAGAUGACGAAGAAGAAUUGAAGAAAGAUUUACAAUUGAUCGUAGUAAAUAAUAAAUCAUUCACUGGGACUUCCAAAUCUUUCAAGUUGAAAUUAUUAAAUGUUAAACAUUCUUUUUACAGGCCUUGGAAACAAGCCAGUGUAACUUCAGUUAAGGAUUUUAAAGUUUUAUUGGUUUUAAAAGAUUCUGAUGUUAAAAAAGUGUCACAAGAUGAUUUAUUCGACAAGCUAGAUUCAGAAGGAAUCAAAGUUGAUGAAAUUAUUUGCGGCAAAGAUUUGAAGACAGUGUACAAAGCAUAUGAGGCCAGAAGUGCUUUUAUAUCCCAGUUUUCCUUGAUCUUAGCUGACGACAGUAUAGUUACAUCUUUGCCAAAACUUAUGGGAGGCAAAGCGUACAACAAAGUGGAAACCACACCUAUAGCAAUUAAAACGCAUGCGAAUAAGGAGUUUUCUUUAAAGACUUUGACAAACAAUAUCAAAAAGGUAUACCUAAGUCAAUUGCCUGUCAAACUCCCAAGAGGUACCACUUUGAACGUCCACUUAGGUAAUUUGGAAUGGUUAAAGCCAGAAGAGUUCGUAGAUAAUGUUGAAUUAAUCUCAGAACAAUUGAUCAAGGCGUUCUCAAUCAGAUCCAUUUUUAUCAAGACGAAUAAAUCGCCUGUAUUGCCAUUAUACUAUAACCAAGACGUUCUUGAUGAACUUGUCGCUAAAAAGGAGAAAACUGUCGAAACACAUGAAGACAACAUGGUUACCAUUGAUGGUGUCCAAGUUCAUUUAUCUACUUUCAACAAGGGUUUGAUGGAAAUUGCUAAUCCUUCUGAAUUGGGCUCAAUUUUCUCCAAACAAGUUAACAAUGCUAAAAAGAGAUCUUCUAAUGUGCUUGACAAGGAAGCUAGUGAAUCUGAAGCUGUGAAGAAAGCUAAAAGUUAG